GCAACCUUCAGUCCAAGUCUCCCCUCACUUUUGCCUUGCCAGCCGACCGCCACUACCCGAAAGCGUAAAGCAUUGAAAUCAAGAGUCUGAUCCAUCUAGCCGUGCUUCCGCCGCCCUCUUCCUCUUUUUUUUUCUUGCCUCGUGCCUCGCCAACAGCUGUUGUUGUAGGCCUCCCGUGGUGGCAACAAAUCCAAUCACAAACAAGCUCACGCUUCCCGCUGUUGAUUGCACCACCACCGCCACCCCCCAAGACUUGACGUCUGAUCCGAGUCCCCCCGCUCGCACGGCGUUCUCUGCACGCGGCAGCACGGUAGUGCCCGUUUCUGAUUAUUUGUUUUGUCCCGUUCGCGAAUCAACGGCUUCGCCCUGAAGACGAGCAUCCUUCGCUCUGCAAUCAUUCGCUGGGUCUCCUGCCGCCUCCUUCUGCCCUGCAUUCGUUGCCCGUGCUCCCGCCCACGCCCACGCCCUGUUGUCGUUUGCGCCGCCCCUCGAGCUGCUGCGCCGUUACACAACAAGCCUGCGUCGAAACGGCUAAAUACAAACAUAGCCGGCCGCCGGUCCCCGAGCUCUAAGCGAUUCACCCCCGUGUUUCGCUGUAGCAAACGUAGCAGCAAAUAACAACCACAACAAACACCGGCCGCACGACACAGCGAGGCAGCACCCAUCUCGACACUGCCUCCUCUUGCUCAACUCCGCCGCGUCCUCCACUCCAUGCAUUCUGCGCCGAGGUGACAUACUCGCGGGAUUCCCGAACGAGACGCCAACACAACGACACCAUGGAGCCUGUUCCCGAGACGGAGAGGAUGGAGGAGUUCAGGUCCACGCCUUUGCCCCCUCUGCGAAUGCACAGCUUGUCGACCAUCCCCGAUGCCGAGCUCCCACGGAAGCCCCCGAGCAUGCGCAGGUCUACUGAACCCGCCUCCCCGAGCUCUCCGUCGGCCUGGUUUCCCCCGACCACCCUGCCAUACAGGCCUCGGACCACUUCACCGCUCAGCGGCUCUACCCACGUGCGCUCCAAGUCUGCGGUGAGCCUCGCGCCACCCAUGAUCCGCACACAGUCACUGCCGGCAUUCGGCGGCGGCGGCCACUUCCUAUACUCGCCCCAGAAGCGCAGCCAGAGCCCAUCGCGCUCACCCAGCCGGCCGCAGCAGGUACGCCUACCCAGGAAGCCCGUAGACGAGGCAUUCCCUUCAUCGCCCACCCGCGUCUCGGUUCACGACCCGGAGAGGAGGCAGCCCGACCGCAGCAUCUCUCCUACCAUGGGAAUUGCUCCCGUGCCCGCAAUGUCGUCUCCGCUCGCCCGAACCCGGCCCACGUCCCCGCUUCGCCACGUCUCCCAGCCGAACUUAUACAUUCCCUCACUUCAGCCUGCCGUGUCGUAUCCCAAUGGACCGCCUCCCUCGUCCUCGGCGACGCCAUCACCGUCCUACAGGCCGUAUGAUUCCAUAUCCGGCUACGGCUACGGCUAUACCGCCUCUAUGUCAUCGUCGUCGGUGCCAUCGACGCCCACCUCGAUGCGGUCUCGGAGCCCCAGCAUCUCGAGCCUCGAGACGAUCCCGGACACGCCCGACGCCGAGGAGGCGGCCCUCGAGGCGGAGCGCAUCGCCCAGCUCAAGGCGGCCGCCGACGCCGCCGAGAGAGGCGAGACCAAGGGGAGGGGCAGCCUUGAUGUCCCUGUGAGGGGCCGAAUGAUUGGCGGUGGCUUCGGUUCGAGAGACAAACGCAAGAGGUGGAGUGUGUGUGGCGCCGAGCGGAGGGGCGACAUCGAUCUCGAGACGAUUUGGGAGGACUAGGCCUGACUGGUCCUCUUUUGCUCGUCGGCUCUUUUUCUACAUGAUAGUUUUUUUUUUUCUGCACUUGGGCGGGAUAGGGAAACGAUUCUCUUGCUGUUUUUGUUUCGCGAAACCUUGGAGUUUUUGAUUUUUGGAGGAGUACUUGGCGUUUCGUUUAAGUCUAGCCUGAUACCCUUCCUGCAUGCUGCAUUUGCUGAGGCACACAACAUUGGCAAGACACCCAAAUAAAGUCUGCAGUUCAGAUCCCG